AGUGCUUACAGUCAGUCCUAUCUUCCGGAUAGGACAUAGGCUACCAUGAGGAUUCCAAACUCGGAAGAAGGUUCAGAUGCCAGACGAUACCAGAUAGCCUACCGUAAUAUAACAUACACGGCAUCACGCUAAACCAAGCUUACUGGCUAGUUAGCUUAGCUAUCUAAAGUAGACCGGGGCAGUUUGACGUUACACGAAACUUUGAGGAGUGUGUGACCCACUUUUCGUCACACCAAUCGAACCAUGUACGACGAAUCUGAGCUAAGCAAGAAACACGAGGAUAUAUUAGGGAAAAGGGCGGAGUUGCUGGAACAAAUGGAGAUUCAAUAUCAACAUCAGAAAGUCAAGAAGAAACAACAAAGCACGAUGUCCAAGGCUGCGCAGGAAAGAAAUGCGCAACUGCUCGGGGACAUUAAAACUUUGGAAGAUAAACUGAGAAUGAAGCAACCUUUACAUCCAGAUGUACUCACCCUUGAGACUUGUUACUGGGCAUCCAUGGAAGAGAAUCUUCCGGAAUGGGAACCCUUCCUCCUGGGCAGAGGUCCAGCUCCCGGUCACCGCAGGGCCUGGUCACCUGGUCGGCGCAGGCAGGAGAAUACAGGUGUACCUCGAGACACACAGGACCGAGGGCUUCCCCCGCGUCCUAGGAAACCCCGUGCUGUAUGACUAAUAACUCAGAUAUCUCGCAUGUUUAUUUUAUUCCGUCUUGUAUAAAAAUAGGACCUAUGCCAUAUGGCUGGAUUAGUAAUCGUCCCUCAUGGUAAGAGAGUCGUGUUUGAAAGCCCUUGGUUUUACUGAGGCGUUAUGUAGCAGGCAUCCUCACUGGUAGUCCUUGCCUAGCCAGCAUUCUGUGUUUAUAUGACAUAAAGCUUGAUUUGAGCUAAUAGGAGAUGAAAAAGGGGCACUGGAUACGAUUCAUCAUCUUCAUUUCCAUACAUUUCAUACUUAGUAUGCAAAUUACAAGCUAAUGAAUCUUAUUCUUAUUGAGAAAACAAAAAGGUUUUAAAAUGGCACAGACACAGACAUGUAAUGAGAAUGCCAAAGAAGAAUUAUUAAAUCUAUAAAGAUUUGUAUACUAGAUUUACUAGAUAGAUUUUUUAAUAUUUUAUCAAGGAAGGUAUUUUAUUAAUGAAAUUGUAUGCAUUUAUUUAUUUCCAUUUGGCUUGAAAAAACAAAUGUUAUUGCAGAACCUUUUCAACAGCUUUCUCUUCAGCACAGUCUCACAUUCACCAGUAGAGGGAGCCAAGAUCUCAUUAAAAACAGAUAGGGAAACCUGCACCACAUAGUAUUACACUGCUCAAGAAAAUUCAGAAGCUGAAUUUUGUAAGAUUAGAUUGCAAAGGGAUGUGUGUAUGUAUGUGCAUGUCUUUGUGGGAUUCGAGUAGAUCUGUGUCUGCGACUGUUUCAGGUUUGGACUGUUUAAGCUGUUUAAGGUGGCGCAAAGUGUGACGCAAAGCUUAUUCUUAUCUUACAUUCAAUAAAAUUAGGAAUUUUUCGCCAUGUGCUCCACUUUUAUUAAACCUUCCGUCCAAGGGUGUGGCAGUUCACGACAUAAGGUAUGGUCUGGCGCAUGGUCCAAAAAUCAUUACGCCAUUGACCAAGAAAAACCUGGACUUAGCUGUUUUAACAUGUUCCAGUGUUCAUAGUUGGUACUCUGUAGUUUUAACUCUUUAAAAUGGGUAAGGUGCAGCAGUUAUAUCUGUUUCUUAUUGACAUGUAUGGAGAAAAUAAUGUUAAUAAUGAUAAUAUUAUAAUAAAAAUAAAUAAAUUACACUUUAUACAUCA